CACGCUCAUCCCCUCAACCAGUGACCGGCGAGACAGAAGAUUGGUAAGGUUAAAGAAGGGAAGAUGGCGAGAUUCUCUCUGGGAGAUGAAGCGGAUGAACGAGAAAGGUCCGAUCCCAGCAGCAGCAGCUCCAGACCCACCCCUAAGAGGCAAAAACUCACAGUCUCGCCGCAACCCCAACCAUCCCAGCCAGCGGUGGAUGCACCUAUACAAACAAAUGAUUUAGUUCAAGUAGUGGAAGGGGACGCAGAGGAAGAGGAAGAAGAAGAGUCUGAAUAUGAAAUUGAAGCCGAGGAAGAAGGGUCUGAGUACGAAGACCAAGAAGAAGAAGACGAUGACGAAGACGACGACGAUGAUCAGGAGGAAGACGACCGGAUUCUGCAGCCGCAGCCUGAGGUAAACGAGGACGGCAAUAGAGAUGGGCCCAUUUCCGUUACCCUUACUGACCCGGAUGUAUUGGAUUGCCCUAUCUGCAUUGAGCCCCUCAGCAUCCCUGUUUUUCAGUGCGAGAAUGGGCAUAUAGCAUGCAGCUCUUGCUGCUUAAAGAUUCGUAACAAGUGUCCAUCCUGCUCUUGGCCAAUCGGGUACAACCGAUGCCGAGCCAUUGAGAAAGUGCUUGAAUCGGUGAAAGUGUCAUGCAGAAACAUUAAGUAUGGGUGCACGCAGAUGGUGAGAUACUGUAAUAAGCAUGAACAUGAGAAUACAUGCAUUCUUGCACCUUGUUCAUGUCCUCUUCUUGACUGCAACUUUGUUGGCUCUGCCUGGCAAUUAUAUUCACAUUUUAAGCUAAGACAUCCAGCUUCUGGCAACACUUUCCUUUUGGCCAAGCCCUUCUCUAUUUCUUUGGAGAAAAGCCAAAGGUCUAUAAUUCUUCGAGAGGGUGAUGGAAAUAUUAUCUUUAUCCUGAAUCACUUCAACGAACGACAUGGAAGUGCAAUAAAUAUUGUUCGUAUUGCACCGUUAGAAUCAGGUACUCGGUUUUCUUAUGAUCUUACUGUAAGAGACGGGGAUACAUCUAUUAGACUGCAAUCUUCCGUAGAAAGCAUCCGAAAGUGGGUUGAUUGCGCUCCUGCAAAGAAGUUUCUUCUGGUUCCAUGCUAUUAUACCAGGAAUUGUGGACAGCUUGAGUUGGACGUAUGCAUACGGGCCGAACAAUCUUGUUCUCGCUCAAGUGGUAAUAACAUGAAGUUCUUGUUUACCAGGGCUGAUUGACUUCACUUUGUUAAAACUUUCUAGUUUAGGAAAAGAAAAGAAAAGAAAAGAAAUUCCAUUGUGAUGCUGUACUAUAUUAUUAACGUUAUGUGUAGUUUUUGUGCAUUGGAAUGGUAGGGAGGCUGUUUAUCCUUUUCAUA